GCCUUGCUGGCCCCAGCACAGACUUGGGAGCAACUCCAGAGCCUCCUCCAAGAUGCUGGUGGUCCUACUAACAGCGGCCUUGUUGGCCCUGAGCACGGUUCAGAGCUCAAAUGCAGCGACCAUUUAUGAAGACUCUAUAUCACAACUUUCAGAGGAAGAGCAGCAAGGCCAAGACCCUGGUCAACUUCACCAGAGACCUGGGCAAUUCCCCCCACAACCUUCUGCAUCUGAUGAAGAAGGUGAUGAUGAUGGUGAAGAAGAUGGAAAUGCACCAGAGGGACCACCACAGCAAGGAGGUGACCACCAGAAACCUCGCCCUCCUAAACCUGGAAACCAGCAAGGCCCACCCCAGCAGGAAGGCCAGCAGCAGAACCGCCCUCCUAAACCUGGAAACCAGCAAGGCCCACCCCAGCAGGAAGGCCAGCAGCAGAAUCGCCCUCCUAAACCUGGAAACCAGCAAGGCCCACCCCAGCAGGAAGGCCAGCAGCAGAAUCGCCCUCCUAAACCUGGAAACCAGGAAGGCCCACCCCAGCAGGAAGGCCAGCAGCAGAAUCGCCCUCCUAAACCUGGAAACCAGGAAGGCCCACCCCAGCAGGAAGGCCAGCAGCAGAAUCGCCCUCCUAAACCUGGAAACCAGGAAGGCCCACCCCAGCAGGAAGGCCAGCAGCAGAAUCGCCCUCCUAAACCUGGAAACCAGGAAGGCCCACCCCAGCAGGGAAGUGAGGAGCAGUCAACUUCCCUGUAGACAUUUUCUGCAUAAUCAAGAGGUUCCAUGGCAGUGCAAAGGUGAAGUAGAGGACAGAUAACCUUUAAUGUCAUUUCAAUGGAACAAUGAUGUUGUAAGUGUACCUUCAACAUUCUAAUAAAACAUUUAGCACGGGA